AUGACCAGCUUGGACCAUGAGCCUCGGUUACGGCCAUGGGAAAAAAGGGUAUCGUCCGCUCCGUCUGUGCCGAAAAAGCCGCGCGAGCUGUCGACAGGUCUACAGCACCACAACGACAAGGAAGCAAACCACACGUCAUCGCCAGCCUUGACCGAGUUGCCAGAGCGAUUGUCUCCAGCCAUUUCCGCGUCCAAACCACAAACAUCAAUAAAUGGCUCUCAGAGUUCCCAAAAAGAGUUAUCAGAACCGCAUCUUGUUCUUCGAAGGCAUAUGAAUCCCAAACUGUCCGUUGUUCAUUUAUCCAUGUACACCUCUUCAUCGCCGCAUAACCUCAUUACCCCGACAUACUUGGCGUCACAUUCCAUGGCUCGUUUGAAAUCAAGCACAACGACGAAUGCCAGUCGGGACAAAGCAUCCUACUCAAGAAACAUGAUGAGUCCAGACAAUGGAAUGCGAUUGCCAGCAUCGACAACCGAAACAUUCCAGUCACCCGUUGCCAGCGGAACAAACAGCGCGUCAACCAAGCUUGGCUUCAAUGACAAACACUCUCCUUUGUUCUCCUCGGGCCGGCCACAAUCGACCGCAUCAUCGUUUAAACAGCAUACAACAUUUUCUUCUCCGAUCAGUACCGGUGCAACAUCCUUUUCACCACUGAACCAGAGAAAAGCCAAUCCGGACUUGGAGACACUUGUAGAAAUGGGUUUCGACUACAUCAAGGCAAAGCGUGCUUUAGAAGCCUCCAACGGUCAAUUACAAGCGGCUAUCGAUCGACUCAUCAAUACCGCCGGUGAAACUGAUCGGGCCUCCACACCAGCACCAAGCCAAGAUGAGGAUCUGCUUCAGUUGAACACAGGUUCCUCAGCUGGAACCCCGAAAGCAGCAACAGAGGCUCCCACGCAGGCAGCAGAAGCCUACCAAACGCGAUUUUCAGCAGCCUCAGCGUGGAGCAGUCUAGGGGAAAAUCGGAAUGGGCGUGAUGCAGGUGAAGAGGACAGCGACAGUUCAGACGAAGAUCCAGCGAUAGAGCGCCAAAGGGAAGAGGAAUGGAAAAAGCAGCAAGAGCGCAUUCGUAAAGAAUACCUGAUGCAAAGGAAACAGCAACAAGAACAACAGAACAGGCCGACGAGGGAAGGCUUUACAUCGAGUUAUCCCAAAGCAUCCUUACAGACACCAUCGCCACUUCGAUCGCAAGCAUCUACAGACACCGUUACUAUUGCUGCCAAAGAAAAAUUCUUGGGCGACGAACAGUACAACUUGGGCCAUUUCGAUGAAUCGAUUACUUCGUAUAGUCGUGCCUUGGCAGCUCUACCGAGAGAUCAUGAUCAGGUAGCGGUUGUCAGCAACUUACGCGCAGCCGCCCGCAUGAAAUGUGGCGAUUAUAAAAGAGCAGUAGCGGACGCCGACACUGUGUUAGAUAUUGCCCGGCCGAAAACAAUCAGUAUAACUGACAGCAGCGAGUACUGGAGACAGCAAGUGAUCACAGCGUUGGGACAAAAAGCAGCAGCUUUGGAACAUAUAGAGCGUUACAAGGAAGCACUGACCAUCUACGACGAACUCGCCAAUACCGUGGAUACGAAUAACCCGCAAUGGUCACAAGCAGCUGCACGGUGCCGGACAUUUGGCAAAAAGGAUCGUACGACCAUACCAUCCACACCACAGCAAUCCUCAUCCACAUCACAGAGUCAAACAUCUGCUUUCCCAAAUCUCGAUUAUUCCAUCUUUGAAAUGCAGAGUCCAGUGAAGAGCCGAAAUCCGUCACCAGCAUUUCCAAAUGUCGGAUCGGCUCGCGCCAGUCCCAUCCCUCGUUUCUCAACCCCUUCAUCUGCCGUGUACGAUACUUCAGUUCCUUCUCCACUUCGCACAUCAUCCGUACAGACACCGGCUACGCAAAAACCUCAACCGUCGGAAACAAUGGGCCAUGGUGGUUUCGCUGCGUCGGCUGCAUCGUCGCCAAUGAAGCCCAAACCAUCGACUGCGAAACCGGUGGUAGUAGGGAAAGCAUUGGCUUCUUAUCGAGCACGCGAGGCAGAACUGCAAGCGGAGGAAGCGGAAAAACUCAAAAAGGCGGAUUUUGUCAACGAUCGCAUCAACAGUUGGAAGUCAGGAAAGGAAAACAAUUUGCGUGCAUUAUUAGCGUCAUUGGAUAUGUUGAUGUGGCACGGUGCACAAUGGCGGGGAACUCCCAUGAGCGAAUUGGUGGAUCCGAAACGAUGCAAAAUUGCAUAUAUGAAAGCGAUUGCCAAGGUUCAUCCGGAUAAGUUACCUGCUUCCACGACGGUUGAACAACGUAUGCUUGCAAGUGGCAUCUUUACGACUCUGAAUGGUGCAUGGGACGCCUUCAAACAGCAAAACAAUCUUUAA